AUGCCAGACGAGGUGGCGUAUCAGGUGUUCAACUAUGCGGAAGACAGCUUCCUGCGCGUGCCGGUCGGCUUGGGACAGGCUAGCACCGGUCGGAACGACACCUGCGAGGGCGUUUGCCGAUGGAUCUGCCAGAAACUGAAAGUCCGGCCACUGGUGUUUUCCCUGGUGGGCCUGCGCCUACACGGUGAACGAUGGUUCGUCGCCGGUAGUUCGCGGCCUUCGACGGACAAAAAGUACGACUUUCGCGUCCGAUUCAAGGUACCGGAUCUCUCGUGUCUCAAAACGCUGGACCUACCACUGUUCAACUACUACUACAGCCAGUUGCGAUGCGACCUGCUGCAGAACCGGAUACCGGAGAUCGAUUACCGGAAGUACAAGAACAAAAUCCUCGGCUAUGUCGUGAACGACAUGUACCGGAAGAUGAUCGAGGACAACGUGAGCUUGAACGAGUUGCGGCGCGACUUCGAGAAGUACAUCCCGCGCAAGAUCAGCCGCGAGCACUCGGUGUGCUUUUUCAAUGUGGCCCAGAAACGAAUCUUUGAAUCGCUCAGCUUGAUCCGCAAUAAGGAUCACGACGUGAACUAUGUUAAGAACGUGUACAUUAACGACAUCGACAACAUAGCACCGGGCUACCUGUACGAGGAAUAUAGUGGUGACAUACGAUACCCGAAGGGCGAAUUUACGUCGCGUACGGGAAAAUGUCCAGUAAAGUUGCGCUUCCAACCGUACGGCACGGUUUCGUCCCGGGAGCCAGCGAAGUACGACUCGAACGGACUCGGGCACCACGAGGGUGGUGCUCUAGUGGAAGCGGACGAUGCCGUUGCCAGUCCGGGACUGAAAGUAUUCUACUCGUGCAAGUGGCAGCAUGUGACGAACAUAGACGAGAUUCUGACAAUUCUGGUGGAAAACUUGACGGUCAAGCUGGCACUAGAAGACCAACCCGAACCCUACUGUAUAGACUUUCACGAUCAGACUGAACUGAACUCUUUUGUAACUUGCUUGGCCGGUUAUUAUAGGUUAAUGUGCAAAUGGACUGUGUAUUUAUGUCAGGAUUAUCUAUCCUCGCCAUCGCUGGAUUGGUUAAAGGAGCUCAAAUGUCACGGGCCAGUCGGCGGUAAAUAUUCCACGGAUAAAAUUCGGGUCAAAAACAGUAGUCUCGGUGCGUGUGUCGUACGGCAGUGCGAGGACCAUUACGAUACAUACUUUGCCGAUAUGCUUGAGGAAGCAGAAGUGAUAAAAACGUACAAACUUACCUACACCGUCGACGGGCAGUGGCACGUCCAGCGCGAAAAAGAAACCGUCUUUGAGUGCAGUUGUCUACCGGAAGCGCUCAAGAGUUUAAACCCGGACAUUGCAAGCGUAUACCGAUUGCCACCCUCGGACAACGAUACCGCUCCGAAACUGCUGCUCUGUCGUCCGACGGCCAAAACGUCCCCGAAGCGGCUACUUCGCGGUAGUACACAGGAUCUGGGCCAAAAGCGGGCGUGCAUCAUCAACGCCUCGAAGGAGUUGGUGAUCAAUCGAAAUGCCCUGGAGGACGAAAGCGAUGGUUUCACGCAACGAACGCGAGCCGAUUUUCUUCUUCCCAGUAACAGUAAAAUUGAAGUUAGUCUGAAGCUGCUAAAAAGCGACAGAGAGGGCGAACAUCUCAAGGACUUUCUGCAGAUCGCUGGCCAGUGGGCAACGAUCGAUUCAAUCGAUAUCAUCAAACUGUACGGUAUGACACUCUGCAAACCGAUCACGAUGGUGCUUGAGUACGGCCGGUACGGUCGGUUGGAUGAGUUUUUGCGCUCCCGGCGCAACCUACGGCCGACGGCCCUGAUCGAGGUUGGCCACUCGCUAGCCCGCGCGCUCUACUACCUACAGAAGCACGGUAUCCACCACGGCAACAUUCGCUGCUCGUCGAUGCUAGUCACGCAGUUCGAUGCAGACGACCAGCGAAUUGUAGCGAAACUGAGCGAUCCGGGCAUGCACGGACAACGGCGUCUUACGAAGCACGAUCUACUUUGGCUACCGUACGAGUAUCAGGAUCUGAGCGAUGAAAGCCUUGCUAAGCUGCGCCAGGAUCCGCUGGUCGAUGUUUGGGCCUGCAUAUCUACGCUGUGGGAAAUCUUUAGCCGAGGCAUCAAGAUGCACGUUUAUAAGCCGGUCGAGUUUUUACCGACUCGCAAGUGGCUCCAGACGAUGGUGGGCGAACUGCGGGACUGCAAACAGAUCUGCGAGUGUUUGACGUUCGGCUGGCAUACCGAUCCGGACAAGCGCAUCGCACCGCAAACGAUCGUGGGAUUGCUGGUGCACGCACGGCAACUGGACAGCUACUGCACGGUCGGGAACGGUCACGCGAACGGCGGGCACUCGGGUGGUGGCCCUAACAUGCUGAAUGGGUCGUUCUUCAAAAACAGUAUCCUGUCAAUGGAAACCAGUGAGUAUGGGAGAGAUUCCACACUAGUUCGCACCGAUUGCACGUCUUCUUCGUACGUAAGCAAUGGCAGCGAUAGUGAGUUGCGUAGCAAUGCAUCCAGCGGUAGCAGCUCUAUGCCGCUCAUCUCGAACCGCGCAAACCACUUCAGUGGGGACUCGUACCUGGAGAAAACGUUCUACGACUGUCCGGACUACAUACAACACGGUGGGGCGCGGAUCUUUUUCCACGAAACACUCGGCGAGGGCAACUACGGUCGGGUGUACCGUGGCACGCUCGAAGAGGGCAACACGUCGAUGGUGGUAGCACUGAAAACGAUACACGACGACCGGCCAGAUAUGGGGCGCGUGCGGGACGAUUUUAUCCGCGAGGUGGACAUUAUGAAGAGUCUGCGGCACCGGAACAUCGUGCACUUCAUUCGCUUCAUCGAUGACCACGACAAGCUGGUGGUGGUGAUGGAGUACGUGGCACAAGGCUCACUACUUUCGUUCCUCGGCUACCAACGACACAAUCUCGAGGAGCUCGAUCUGCUGCGCAUGGCGCGGGAUAUUGCGAACGGCAUGCACUAUCUGUUUGAGAAGAAAAUCGUGCACCGCGAUCUAGCGACACGCAACAUUCUAGUCGAAAGUGUCGAUUGCGUAAAAAUUUCCGACUUUGGACUGGCACAGGUUACGGAGGGGGGCAACUACUACGUGGUGCGCCACAAGCGCGAGCUGCCACUCCGAUGGUACGCACCGGAGACUCUCGAAACUCAAAAAUAUUCCUUCCAAUCGGACAUUUGGUCGUACGGUGUGACACUUUACGAGAUGUUCACGUACGGUGGCAACCCGUACUCGAAUGUAGACAUUCAAACCGCGGAACAGUUGUAUCAACUGUUACAAAAAGAGAAAAAAAUAUUACAGCUUCCGGAAGUAUUUUCCUACGUGUACGAUAAGCUAAUGGAGCCGUGCUUCAAGCGCAACCCACACGAACGGCCGUCAUUUCAGGAUCUAAUGACGCAGCUUGAUGAAAUGAUUGGCCAGUACGGAGAGCUGCUUUAGUGUGGUGUAGUUACUGCAAAAAUACCAAACAUAUGAAAAGGAGAGGCCAAGGAUUUUGAAGAAAAGGUUGUGGUUCUAGGACGUUACGACACGCCGGUGAGAUAUCCUUCAAAGAAGAAGACUGCACGCAGCUAACCGCCGAAAGGUUGCCGCCAAAGGCAACGCACAACCACACUCUUCCCAACUCGCUGUUUGCCAAUCCUGCCAUAACUGUGUCCCUGACUCUUUGUGCAAUUUAUCAACAACCAGCUAAUCUUAUCUUAGUGAAUGGCGUUCUAGGCGUUCCUUAGGCUAAGAAAAAAUAACACACAAACACCCUUUUGCAACACACAUAACAACUUCUACGCUAUUAGCGGGCACGAUUGGGCUUAAUAUGAGAUGGAUCUGCACGGUGCACGUUGUUUUAAUGGCAACACCGACACACAACACAACAACCAUACACAAUGUACUCGUCAUGUUUGC